GUUCACGGUUUCAUCCUCUCGAUAGUGCGGGUCAUUUAGCUUUAGGGUUUGAGGAGCUUACUCUAACAAAGAGGGACUUCCAAGUUUCAUCAAUGGCGCCGAAGGAGAGGAAGCCUAGGGUUACAAGAAACCCUGAUCUGAUACGAGGUGUUGGUAAGCACUCGCGAUCGAAGAUGUACCACAAACGUGGUCUCUGGGCUAUCAAGGCCAAGAACGGUGGUGUCUUCCCUCGACACGAUGCUAAGCCGGCGGCACCGAAACCUGAAGAAAAGGCUCCCAAGUUCUAUCCCGCAGAUGAUGUCAAGAAGCCCCUCAUUAACAAGCACAAGCCUAAGCCUACUAAGCUCAGGGCGAGCAUCACUCCAGGAACUGUUCUGAUUAUACUCGCUGGAAGAUUCAAGGGGAAAAGAGUUGUUUUCCUGAAGCAACUUCCAUCUGGAUUGCUUCUCGUUACUGGUCCAUUCAAGAUCAAUGGAGUUCCUCUACGGCGUGUUAACCAGUCAUAUGUGAUUGCGACCUCCACCAAGGUUGACAUUGCUGGUGUUAAUGUGGAGAAAUUUGGUGACAAAUACUUUGCCAAGGAAGUUAAGAAGAAGAAAAAGAAGGGGGAAGGCGAAUUCUUUGAAGCAGAAAAGGAGGAAAAGAAGGCACUUCCACAGGAGAAGAAAGAUGACCAAAAGGCGGUGGAUGCUCUUUUGAUUAGUGCCAUCGAAGGAGUUCCAGACUUGAAGGCUUACUUGGCUGCGAGGUUCUCUCUUAGUUCAGGCAUGAAACCUCAUGAGCUUGUCUUCUAGAGGGAACAUUUGCAACCCAUUAGGACUGAUUUCCAGCCUUCUUAGGUGUAUCUUAAUUUUUUGUUGCCAGAAGUGAGGUUGUUCUUUCUUGUUUUUGGACAUCGAGAUCUCAUUUUAGUGUUAGCCUUGCAUUGUGUAAUGUUUUAUUUAAAUCAAUUUGAUCUAUUAUGUUAACAUGGAGUUUGAUUAUGCUAGCGAUUUAAUGAAAUAUAUACUUUUUUGAGCUUCUUA